AUGGCAAUCACAUAUGGCUCCACCAGUCUUCAUUACACAUCCAGCUAUCACGUCUUCGAGGGGUACGGUGCAACAGAAACCGCGGGCUCUCUCGCUUCAGCAGUUGCCAGUGACCGCGAAGGUGGACACGUCGGUGCUCCAGUACCCGGUCUUAAGGUCAAAUUGGCAGACAUCCCUUCGAUGGGCAUUGUGGCUGAGCGCGACAACAAGGGCGAGGUGAGUCAGAGGCUUAUAGCCCAUUCCUCUUUCUCAACCAUUCCGUUGUUUUUUAUUAAAUUCAAUCAUGGCUAA